AUAAUAGAAAUACCAAAACACACUUUGAGAAAACAUGGGGCCUCAAAUGGCCUCUAUUACUCUCACUAUUGCAUUGACAAUAGUUUCUCUCUCCUUGCCAUCUCAAGCAAAUAACUACAUCUAUUCAUCUCCUCCACCACCACCUAAACCUUACUACUACAACUCUCCACCACCACCAGUGCACUCACCUCCUCCACCUUACCAUUAUAGUUCUCCACCACCACCACCAAAGACGCCAUAUAAAUACUCUUCUCCUCCACCACCAGUUUACAAGUAUAAAUCUCCCCCUCCACCUCCAUAUAAGUAUCCAUCCCCUCCUCCACCAGCAUACAAGUACUCAUCACCACCACCUCCUGUUUACAAAUACAAAUCUCCACCUCCACCAAUUUAUAAGUAUAAAUCACCUCCUCCACCGGUGUACAAGUACUCAUCUCCACCACCUCCUGUUUACAAGUACAAUUCACCUCCUCCACCAGUUUACAAAUAUAAGUCUCCUCCUCCACCAGUGUACAAGUAUCAAUCUCCCCCACCACCAGUCUACAAGUAUAAGUCACCUCCUCCACCAGUCUAUAAGUAUAAAUCACCUCCACCACCAGUUUACAAAUACAAAUCUCCUCCACCACCAGUGUAUAAGUACAAGUCACCACCACCUCCGGCUAAAAAGCCAUACAAGUAUUCAUCUCCACCACCACCAGUUUACAAGUACAAUUCACCUCCUCCACCAGUGUACAAGUAUCAAUCUCCUCCACCACCAGUUUACAAGUAUAACUCACCUCCUCCACCAGUCUACAAGUAUAAAUCACCUCCACCACCAGUUUACAAGUACAAUUCACCUCCUCCACCAGUGUACAAGUAUCAAUCUCCUCCACCACCAGUCUACAAGUAUAAGUCACCUCCUCCACCAGUCUACAAGUAUAAAUCACCCCCACCACCAGUUUACAAAUACAAAUCUCCUCCUCCACCAGUGUACAAGUACAAUUCACCACCACCUCCGGCUAAAAAGCCAUACAAGUAUUCAUCUCCACCACCACCAGUUUACAAGUACAAUUCACCUCCUCCACCAGUGUACAAGUAUCAAUCUCCUCCACCACCAGUUUACAAGUACAAUUCACCUCCUCCACCAGUGUACAAGUAUAAUUCUCCUCCACCACCAGUGUACAAGUACAAUUCACCUCCUCCGCCAGUGUACAAAUAUAAAUCUCCUCCACCACCAGUGUACAAGUACAAUUCACCUCCUCCUCCAGUGUACAAAUAUAAAUCUCCUCCACCACCAGUUUACAAGUACAAUUCACCUCCUCCACCAGUGUACAAGUAUAAUUCUCCUCCACCACCAGUGUACAAGUACAAUUCACCUCCUCCGCCAGUGUACAAGUAUAAAUCUCCUCCACCACCAGUGUACAAGUACAAUUCACCUCCUCCUCCAGUGUACAAGUAUAAAUCUCCUCCACCACCUGUUUACAAGUACAAGUCACCUCCUCCACCAGUGUAUAAAUACAAAUCUCCUCCUCCACCAGUGUACAAGUACAAGUCACCCCCACCUCCGGCCAAAAAACCAUACAAGUACUCAUCUCCACCACCACCUGUUUACAAGUACAAUUCACCUCCUCCACCAGUGUACAAGUAUCAAUCACCUCCACCGCCAGUUUACAAGUAUAAGUCACCUCCUCCACCUGUGUAUAAAUACAAGUCACCACCACCGCCAGCUAAAAAGCCAUACAAGUACGCAUCUCCACCACCUCCAGUUUACAAGUAUAAAUCUCCUCCGCCACCAGUAUACAAGUAUAAGUCACCUCCCCCACCUGUGUACAAAUACAAGUCACCACCACCUCCGGCUAAUAAGCCAUACAAAUACUCAUCUCCACCACCACCAGUUUACAAAUACAAAUCUCCUCCUCCUCCAGUGUACAAGUACAAGUCACCACCACCUCCGGCUAAAAAACCUUACAAGUAUGCAUCUCCACCACCUCCAGUUUACAAGUAUAAGUCACCUCCCCCACCAAUUUACAAAUAUAAAUCUCCUCCUCCACCUGUUUACUCACCACCUUUACCACACUACAUCUACUCUUCACCUCCUCCACCGGUUCAUUCCUCUCCUCCACCACACUACAUCUAUGCAUCACCUCCUCCUCCUUAUCACUACUAGAUAGUGGUUUACAAUAGCAUCCCAAGGAUUUUAUGAAUAUAUUGGAAAUAAGCAGGAAGAUGCAUUUGGCAAUAAUACAAAGAAGAAAACAACAAUGGAAGCAAAGUUUCUUAUUUGUUUUGAUAUAUGAAUUAUUAUUCUCAUUAUUAUUUGUGUGCUUGUAUUUUGAAUUUUAGACAGCUGUAAGGCACUGUGUGUGGUAAAUUAUGAAUGCAUUUGUUUUGGAACCUAAUCGUUUUCAAAGGGUUGAGAAAAUAAAAUUGAAUAUUUCUCUUUU